AUGGGCGUCAGGUUAAUAGUCAUGAUGAUUGUGAGUUUGGGUGCGCUUUAUACAAUUCACUUACUUGCACAAGACUUUACGAAAAUUUCAUCUGGAGCUGGUAGAGUUGCAUCAACGCUGUUUGGAAAACGUGACUUAGACGAUGCUAAUCGGAGAGCAAACAUCACUGACCUAGAAAUUGAGUUUGAAAAGAAAAUCGAUUGGAAUAAUAUUUUAUCAAAGGAUCCUUUCAACUGUGCUUUAUCGUUGAUUUGUCAAUUAUCAGCUGGUGCUGAGAAAAACAACAAUGAAGCAAAUCAAAUUUAUGAGUUCAUAACUCACACCAUUGAACACACAAAAGUACCCAAAAAACUCUCAAAAGCUUAUCAAUCUGGAUUGGACUUUAACAAGAAUCGAAAAAAUGAUUUCAUAAAAUGCUACAAAAUGUUUCCGCUUUGUCCAUACUCAUCUAAGACGAUGAUGAAAUUGAUCACAUUAAAUAAAUUUUUAUUCGGUUGAUUACAUAAGAUUGCAAAUCUCGAGUUACCAGUGCGCUUGAUUGAAUGCAACGCAAAGCGAUUUCAGUCACGCAAAGAUGAAGCGAGAUUUUUAGUGCAGUGUAAAUAUAAGAAAAAUUAUCAACAAAAAAAAUGUUUAUAUGUCAAUAAGAAAGUUAUCGUGAUUUAACACAUGUUUUAAUAAAUGUUAGCAUUUAGUUA